AUGAUACUUGCAUCUUCCUUGCCCUCAAAUUGCCAACCUGAAGAGGCUCGUCUAUAUCCUUGUUCAUUGAAUUGUAUACCAAAUUUCGAUGACAUCACCUUUUAUCUUGUCGAAAUAAUUACUGGAGAGGUGUGUGAUAAGCGUACUUAUAAAAAUGAAUGUAUACAUUUAUCAUAUCACUCUGGCGUUAGUUUUAUUGGCAAUUUAUUUUCUAUCAUGUCAAUCCAGAAUCAGAUAAUUCAUAUUUUACAUAUCAAGGAUGAUGGUCACUUUGUUGAUGUACAAGAUAUAGGAUGGUUGAAUUAUGACGAUGACCAACUUGUGUUGGCUCAAUAUCGAAAUUUUGACGCCCAAUUUCAGAUUAACAAAAGGACAAUGGUCAACCCAAUUCUUUAUAAAAACGCGACAUCAGAAAUUAUGGAGUUGGAUGAAGAGAAAUUAGAAUUGCCAUCAUUAGAUUCUGCGUUAUCAGCUUAUUCAUUCAGUAGUCCAAUGGAUAAUAAAGUUCCUUCAAGCUCUUUCAUUGGCUCUAGACAAAAUUCUAUGCAAGGUAUUUCAGAACUAUUAUCGACACCCCCUACUGAAAAGGAUGUCGCUCCAAUUAGUGGUAUCAAACAAAGACUGCUCACUUAUUUAUUUAAAAAAGCUUAUGAUAUUGAUGACGGUGGUUUAGCUUUACGUCACUUUUAUCAGAUAUUCGGACAACUUUCCUCACUUGUCAUGUGGAAAAUCCAAUUUAUCGAUGAAUCCAGAUUUCUUAUUAAAUUUGGAAAUGUCGAUUGCGUUACCGGACAUCACAAUGAUGGUGCAUCACAUACGGCUUUUUUUGUUAUAUAUAAUUUUCUUACAACUGAAGUAAUUUCAGUUUUUGAUAAUGCGUCUGAAGAAUUUCUCACUGAAUAUGAAACUUUAUGUGAUGUUCUUCAACAAGUCGCUUUCAAUGAACCUUUUUCAUUUAACUCUGCCUACUCGAAUAAUAUUUAUGCUAGAGAGAAUUUCAGAAAAUAUUUGUAUUCAAUUAGACAUGCUCGAAACGGAGGACCAUUUCAAGCUGUAAAGCGAGUUCUUGCAUCAUUACCUUAUGGUCCCCAGACGUGUAGCGAAAGUCCUUACUUCGAUCAUGCUUUGUUUUCCUAUGAUGAUAAAACAAUAUCUGCUUUUGAUAGGCCUAGACCUUGUUAUGAAAACGUUGCCAAGUUUUAUUCAAGAGAGACUAAAGAGUUGAAAUUUAAAAUUGUAUUUGGAUUGCCAGAUAGAAGUAGUAAUCGAAUUAAGUGA